GGCCGGUGUGUUUGUAUUUGAAAGGGGAGACAGGAGGGGAAAGGCCGGCACGGCCGAAGAACGGGAAAGCCACCAAGCGAGAGACGGCAGGCAAGAAGGAUGCAGUCCUUGGCCAGGGCGACCGGAAGAGCGGCGGAGCACGCUGGCUGCUUGAGGCCACGAAAUGUCGCGUCGCUCAGCAGGCGGGGCGCUGCGGUUGCGCUAAAGGCUGCGACGGCAGCAGCAGCAGCGGGGGACAUGCCGCCGACAGUUCAGGGUCGAUUUUUGGGAGGGCUGGCGUCGAAGGUGGAUAAGGUGCUCGAGGAGAUUCCGAUGAAAGAGGCCGUGCGCUACAAGAAGGGAAACCUGAAGUGGACUAGAUCCGACGUGAAGAGCCACUCUGAGGCACUCGCGUGCGGCCUUCUUGAGCUGGGGUGCAAGGUCGGGGACACGAUGGCGAUGUGGCUGCCGGAGUGCUCAGAGAAGCACGUGGCGCAGUUGGCGGCGGCGAGGAUAGGGAUGGUGGUCGCUGAGGUGGACCCCAAGCUUGCGUCGGCGGCAGCUGUUGAGAAAAUCCUAGAGGAGUCCGGCGCGGCGGUGGUGCUCGUAGAGGAAUCAGUCGUACCCAGCCUCACCGAGGCCGUCCCGGAGCUCCGCCACUACAGGACCGACUCGGGCCUCCCCUUCCGGUCGGCCAAGCUGCCGUCCCUCCGGCUGUGCAUCCACACCGGCCUGGAGCGAGAAGCGGCCCUGAUGCACUUCCGCAGCGCACUUCUCUACACGCCGCCGGUCUCCCCGCUCGCCCAGGUCAACGGACAGAUCAAAGAGAGCGCUCCGCUGCACACGAUCUUCUCGGAGGGCACUGGGGGCACCCUCGAAAAGGGCAAGACCCUUUCUCACGCGGAGGUGGUACGCCUUGCCUCCUGGCCGACGAUCGCUGCGAUUCUCAAGAAGGAGUAUGUGGAAGUCUGAGAUAGACGCUCGUUUUGCCUUGUUUGGCUGGCGCGGAUGGGGUCGCUCCCAACCCUCAUCGACUCAGAGAUAUUGGUUGAGGGAGUACUUUAUCAUACCAAGGAAGGGGGGGGCGUUUGUUUCUUUAUUAUCAGCACCGACCGCGCUCACCGGCUGACCAAUGAAAAUAUGUCAGUCUCAGUGCGGUGAAAACACAAUACAGCAUCAGUGCGGUAAUGGUUCUACCUUGCACUCGAGUUCGUUUUGGAGUACGUACACCAUCACGGUCAUCGCCAUUACUACAGCUGUUUUGCGACAGUUCUUCUCUCCAGCCUUGCGUCUCUUGUUGUGAGGUGUGUGCGUGUGUGCGCCGGGGCUUGAAGUCGUCUGAGAUUUGGUGCAGCCGAAAUAUACUCGUUAGUCGGCCGACACCCUUCAAAGAGUAUAUAGGUUGAGUCUGAUGUAGAUGGCUUAAAAAUGUCUACGGUUUUCCUGCGAUGAGUGAGCGCAGCUGCUGCUUCAUUGCUUUGCCCCGCAUCUUCGUUAGUGUGCUCUUUGCCACAGCGUCGAGACUUGCAGCUGAGGAAAGCAGGUUGUCGCCUCGGGUCGGACGGCAGUCUGAGGAUCAGAGAAAAGAUUCGGUUUUAAGUGGGAACGGGAGUUUGAGACCCCAUCGAUUCCUUCGCGGUCCGAAGGUUGUCGAGGUUACGCAUGGACUUGUGGCUGCGGAUGUCAUCCAGGAAGGUUUUUCUCCAUAUAUUGUGCAAGCAUUUUAUGUCAUCUUCUCAGGAGAUGGUCACCUUCAAAAGUACCUGUACGCGUUUUUUGGUCGGAGGGGAGGGUGGUGCUUGGUUCUUCGUCGACUAACCACACUCGUGUGGGCCAUACGAAGAGAUCAAUUUUCCGUGUGCUUGCGAGAGACCCGCCCGUUUCGAGGGCUGUGAAUCGCUGUUUUUCCGGAGCCGUGCUACCCACUCGUUUCCUUGAGGCACGGAGGGCCCUCUAGUUACGUUGCGGACAAGUGCACAGACACGCGCUAACGCAAACUUGUGAAUUUUUGACGAUCGGUGGGACCCUGCCAUAAGGCGUGAAAACUUCACAAGCACGCCACUGUCCGCCACCUUGACUCCGCCGCCGCUGUCCAUUUUCCUCACGGGAGAAAAACGACACGAGUUGGCAUUGGCUUCGUUUGUUUGGCGGUUUGGUGGUGGGAAGGCGAAGGCAGAGGUUUGCAUGCAUGGGUUUGGAGCUGUGUCGUCACGAUGGUUGCCUUGUGGCUCUCUUCUCGCAACGAACCGGAACACACGGGAGAAUUCUCUCGUACGUGCUCAAUGCUUUCUUGUGACCACAUCAUUUUCGUGAAAAUGGCGCAUCGGCCCAUGUCCGUCAGAGAAUAAUGGACAAUCUGCAACCCAUCAACUUUACUCCGGUCGAGACCAUAGCAGUGUCUGCCCGAAUUUUCGUUUUUAUGUUCGCUACAAUCUCCACAAAUAGAGGGUUUUUGCCAAUUCGUUGUGCCCAUCAAAGGCGGCC